AUGGAGAUGUAUAGGAAGAUUGGAAGAGGAGAGUUUAAGUCACCAAGCUGGUUUGCACCUGAAGUAAAGAGACUGUUGUGUAAGAUGCUGGACCCUAACCCUGAAACAAGAAUCACUAUUGCCAAAAUCAGAGAGAGAGUUCAUGAUUCUGGAUUGUCAAUCGAGGAGAAAGGUGAAAUUUGGGAGUUGGAGUUCAUAAUCCUGUCAGAAAUGAAUCAGAAAAUGGGGACUCACAAGUUCAGAUUUUCAAACAUUAUUCCUCACUCAUGGCUCUACAAGCUCAAAGGAAUCAGCAGAAGUAACAGAAAAUGCCUUCCUUCUUCUCACAAACACCUCUCCUCCACUGAUGCUUCUUCCUCAAGAAAGCUCCGUCACACUCUUCGUCUUUCUUCAUCAGCUCAUCACCCUCAAGGCUCUUCUUCACCUCCAAAAUAUUCUUUCAAGAGGAAACUCAAACGUAAAACCGUUUACAAGCCAUCCUCUGCAUAUGAAAUCUCUGAUUCCACCUUUGAAAACUCAAGGGAGUAUCAUGACAUUAUCAUCAAGGCUUUCGAGAAGACAUGGUCUCAUAUGACUCACCUCACCUGA